AUUUGUUGAGGGAGGUGAUGGUCACAAUAUUAGCAACUUUCUCCACAACUUUGAUUUGAGCACCAAAUUCAGUCUUAGAAUUAUUUGACAUUCAAAUAAAUACUAAUUUUGUAUAAUGUAAAUUAUUCAACUAAAGAUAGGGUACCUACACCUGAAGUAGCAAAAACAUGGAGAAGUAAAAAUUACAGAUAAAGGGAUGAGGAAGAGAGGAAAAAAGACGGAUAUUAGAAGAGAUGGAUGUGCAUCGCAAGUUCCAUUCAAGGAUAAAACUUAAAACAUUUCCAUAACUAUUUUAUUCAUAUGCUCUGUUGCUCUUCAGUUGGAGAGUGAUGUUGCUUAGCAGAGCAAGCGUUCAUAUAUAAAUAUACAUGCAUAUGCAAUAUAUAUACUGUUUCAAGUUGCCACUUGCCACUGCUGUAAAAUUCUCGUUUUUCCUACUGUAAUAGUCAUGGACCAUGCAUUUUAGUAGAAAAACAUAAAUACAUGCAUGUAGUCAUAAAAGUUGUCUCUCUUUCUCUUCAGUUUGUUACUUGUAGAGUUUUAAUUCUUAAUUAUUUCAUGCUUCUUGGUCAUAGGUUAAAGUCAUUUUCUUCUCAAAAUCAGGGGAGCGUGCUUCUCCAUUUGUACGCCAAUCAGUAAAAAAUUAUUGGGAUCAUGCUUCUUUUGCAUUUGUGCUAUGGCGAGAAGAGGAAUCUUCUGUUUGGUUUAAUGCGUUUGAGGUGGAAUCUGCACCUGCUAUAGUAAUUUUAAAAGAUCCAGGUGUCAAACCUCUUGUUCACCAUGGUGCAGUUAACAAUUCACAGUUUCUAAAUAUUAUGGAACAUAAUAAGCUACAAGAGCUUCCUCAACUAAGGAGUACAACAUCAAUGGAAUUGGGUUGUGAUGCCCGUGGCUAUUCUCGUGCUGGAUAUGAUACCACUACUUGGUACUGUGCUAUUCUGGCAGGAAGGCAUGGCCCAGAACUCAAUAAAAUGCGUGAAACCAUGCGCAGGGUCCAACAAGUAUUAUCAGAUAAGACUGAGUCAAGUACAGUGGAUGGAGAUGAAUCUGUAACUACAGCAUUGGUUGUGUUCAAAGCUAAACGACUGACAUUUGCUUGGCUUGAUGGGGAAGCUCAAAAGAGAUAUUGUUUCUUCUAUCUCAAUUCUGAGACCAGCUACGAAACCUGUGGACCAAGGAGAGAUAUUACUGAUGUAGCUCAACUAUUUAUUGUGCGUUACAAAAGGAAUUCUACCGAAGAGAAUCGGAAGCCUGAGACAAAAAGAAACAGCAUAUGGGAUGCAUUACAAGAACAGGAACUGGAUUCUGCAGCACAGCUUGUGGCAAGGUACAAUGGUUCAGCUGAAUCUCCAGAGAUUAUUAAAUGGAUAUCUCAAAUAAUCAAGGAUGGUGACUCCAGAGAUCUUCCCCAUUAUAGAACAAAAACUCCCGAUUUAGUUCCUGAGGAUGCGGACCCUAUUUGGAUCAAAAGUUUGCAAAGCAUUACUACACUGUCUUCAGUGAAGCAGCGUUUUCAUGGUAUUAUGAUAAGAAUCUCUGACCACAUUGGAGAUCCAAGAAUUGGCCCCAUCUUGCUUCUGGGAGCAUUGAUGUCUUUUGGUGCCAUCUGGCUGCGGAGGAGUCAACCAACUCUUCAAUCUAAUCCACAGAGUCAACCCAAUACUGGGGAUGCAAGUAGGCUACAGAAGAGAGAUCGAAUAAGAACCGGGUCAAAUAAAGAACCUCGUCCUUCUUCCAUCACAGACCGCGAACCAAAAGAUGCUUACCAGAUGCCAUUUACGGAUUCAGAUUCUGAGUAGCAGAUUCAGUUUUUGGAGUUGAUGAAUCCAGAAACCAAACAUCAAAAACGCUUGUUUAUAGAGAUUUCACAAAUACUAAUAUAUAAUUAUUGGAAGGCAUGAUUUUUUUUUUUUUUUUGGGGUAAUAUUAUUGAAAGGCAUGAUUGUUUGCUUAUAAUGUGUUAGAUAAUGUACUUUCUAUAUC